GGGGGAGAGAGGAGGAACCGAGACAGGCAGUGUGGGGCCACGAAGAGGAGAAAGUUGAAUGGGUUGUCUAACUGGUUCUGCAGAGUGAGAAUAACAUAACCACCCCCACCCUGGGGAAGAGGAGUUUAUAAGGAGGGCAGAACACCUGAGACAACUCACUGAGGUCAGAUAGCCCCGCUGCUGUCCUGUCCUCUUCUACAGCAUAAUUUAAAUUCUCACUCGUCUCCGUCUGUGAUUCUCACGCGUCUCCAUCUCUCUGUCUGUGAUUCUCACGCGUCUCCAUCUCUCUGUCUGUGACCCUCCCUCCACCUCUCCGUCUGUGACUCUCCCUCCACCUCUCCAUCUCUCUGUCUGUGUCUGUGACUCUCCCUCCACCUCUCCAUCUCCCCUUCCACCAUGAGCCUGAGGUCCAAGCGUAUCAGCAGCUCCAGUGGCUCUGUGCGGAGACACAGCGGGGGCUUCGGUGGCAUGUCUCUGGGUAGCAGCUCUCUGUACGCGGGGGGCUCAAACGGCCACCACAGCAGUCCUUUCCACUCAGUCUCUGUCAACAGGAGCCUGCUGGCCCCCCUUAACCUGGAGAUCGACCCCAACCUACAGGUGACGCGCAUCCAUGAGAAAGAGCAGAUCAAGGGCCUCAACAACCGAUUCGCAUCCUUCAUCGAUAAGGUGCGUUUCCUGGAGCAGCAGAACAAGAUGUUAGAGACUAAGUUUGAUCUGCUGCACGGUAAGCAGACGGGCCGCUCCAACAUCGAGCCGCUAUUCGAGGUCUACAUGGCCAACCUCCGCCGCCAGAUGGACGUGGUCAACAACGACAAGACCAAGCUGGACGGCGAGCUGAGGAACAUGCAAGGUCUGGUGGAGGACUUCAAACACAAAUACGAAGAUGAGAUCAACAAGAGAAAUAAUCUGGAGAACGAAUUUGUGAUCCUGAAAAAGGAUGUGGACUCAGCAUACCUGGUGAAGGCAGACCUGGAAAACAAGGGAGGAGCUCUGACUGAUGAGAUAAACUUCCUCAGGUCCAUCUAUGAGGAGGAGCUGCGUGAGCUGCAGGCCAGCAUCAGGGACACCUCUGUGGUGGUGCAGAUGGACAACAGUCGAGACCUCAACAUGGACCAGAUAGUGGCUGACGUCAAGGCUCAGUACGAAGACAUUGCUACCAAAAGCCGAGAGGAGGCUGAGACGUGGUACAAAUCCAAGUUCAACCAGAUGGCCGCCCAGGCCAUGCAGUACGGAGACGAGCUGAGGAACACCAAGGGAGAGAUAGCAGAAAUCAACCGCUUGAUCGGCCGUCUGCAGAGUGAGAUGGAAGCUGUCAAAAGACUGCGAGCCAACCUGGAGGACCAGAUAGCCGAGGCUGAGGGCCGCGGGGAGCUGGCUGUGAAGGAGGCUAAGUCCAGGAUCAGAGAUCUGGAGGAUGCUCUGCAGAGGGCCAAGCAGGACAUGGCCAGACAGCUCAGAGAGUACCAGGACCUGAUGAACGUCAAGCUGGCUCUGGACAUAGAGAUAGCCACCUACAGAAAAUUACUGGAGGGAGAGGAGGACAGGAUUGGACAUCAAUCUAUUCUCAACAUCCAGUCAGUGUCCAACUACAGUUCUAAGAGUUCCAGUAAUGGAUACAACAGCAGCUCCAUCUCCCCUACACCGAAGCUGCUGAUUAAAACAACUGAACAAAAAGACAGCUCCAGAUUCAGCUCUCAUUAAAAAAAAACCUGUCGGAUCCUUCUGGCUGAGGGUGAAGAACCAUUAUAUAAGAGUUUAUAACAGAUCUAUAGCAACUUUCUGGAUUAUUUGUGUCAAUCUACAUUCUGUAAAGAGCACGAGAGAAUAGCAUAAGAUCAUGACAUGAUAGAUUUGUGUUUGUAGCUAGAGGAACAUAAACAUUUGUUGUUCUUACUGUAAAGAAAAUAAAAAAGAUAUGUAUCAGUAUAUAAAAA